GGUGAAGCUUUUUGUUUUUUUUUCCUCUUUUCUUUGAUUUAUUUCUUGGCCUUCCGCCUGCAAAUUCAUUUCCCCGUCUCAUUCUUCACAUUUCUCUCUUCCCUUUCCUUUAAACCCUAAUUUCAACUAUCAUAAAAAAUUACCAAAUUUUCGAUCAAUAGAACAAUAUAACAAUUCAGGAAAUUCCGGUCGCCGGGAUAUUGUGCCGGAAAAUUCAAUUUAUCUGAUUUCGCGGCAACGGUGAUUCGUGACGAACCUUAUACGAAUUCACGUCGAUCAUUUUUUCAUUCUUUACUUUUUCGAAUUUCGAUUGUUGAUUUAGGGUUUUGGUUUUUCUCGAAGAUCAAUAUAUCGAAAUUGAGAUCGAUAGUUUGGCUUUGCGAAGUUGAAGAAGUGACAUACGGAAAAUCGUGACAAGAAGGUUGGAUGACCUUGGAUCUGGCAUUUAGCUAUGACAUCUAGUGCGAUAACUGGAGACCGAAGAUGGGCACCUGCGAGACGAGGUGGUAUGACUGUCUUGGGAAAAGUUGCUGUCCCGAAGCCCAUAAAUUUGCCCAGUCAAAGGUUGGAAAAUCAUGGUUUGGACCCCAAUGUUGAAAUUGUUCCCAAGGGAACUCUUAGUUGGGGGAGCCGACCAUCAUCUUCUGGCUCAAAUGCGUGGGGCACCUCAGCAUUAUCGCCAACUACUGAUGGAAGUAGCUCGUCACCCAGCCACUUGGUAGGUCGUCCUUCAUCCAGUGGUGGCACUCGGCCAUCAACUUCUGGCAGUGAAAAAGCUCAUGACUCCAAAGUCGGUGCAUGGGGCUCAAACUCAAGGCCGUCAUCAGCCUCAGGGGUUUUGGCCUCUAACCAUUCUUCCUCAACGUCAUUGCGCCCUCGUAGUGCUGAAACUAGACCUGGUAGCUCACACUUGUCUCGAUUUGCUGAACCUGCACCUGGGGUCUGGGGUGGAACUGCAGCACAAGAACGCAAGGGGGUUGCUUCUUCUGGAGCUGAUGGAUUCUCCCUGAGUUCUGGAGAUUUUCCGACACUUGGUUCAGAGAAAGACGAAUCUAAAAGGAACUUGGAUACUUUAGAACAUGCUUCUCACGGUCGUCCUGGUUCUUCUAGUGGUGUGAGAAUCAUGGAAGAUAGUCGGGGAAAUAACCAUGGUGAUGACAUUUAUAAAAAUCCGGACGCCAGGGGUAAUUCUUGGAGGAGCGAUGGCCCUCCAUUUGUUGAAGAUGGGCCUCGACCUAGCAUGGAGAGAUGGCAUGGAGAGCAUCACAUGUUCCCAAAUCCUAACAUGGCUCCUCAUUAUGAAUCUUGGCGUGGUGCCCCUCCAGUUAAUCCUCCUGGAGGUGGAUUGUAUCGGGGGCCUCCGUGUCCUCCUUAUGGUGGCCCUGUACCUCCAGGCGGAUUUCAUUUAGAUCCAUUUCCUUAUUACCCCCCUCAUGUUCCAGCUCCUGGUCUUGCCAGCUCUCAGCCUAUUCCCCCUGGUGUUAACCAUCAUGGACAUCAGUCACAUUACUCUAAAAAUGCCGAUAUGCCACAAAUGCCUCAUGUUCCACACUUCCAUCCCGGCAUGCCUAUGCAGCCUGGAUUUUAUCCUGGCCCUGUUUCAUAUAAUGGUUAUUACAGACCUCCACUAGGGUUCUGCAAUCCCAAUGAACGAGAAAUGUCAUUUAUGGGAAUGCCUGCUGGGCCCCCUGUUUAUACUAGAUAUGCAAACCAGAAUGCUCCUGAUUUAAACAAUGCCCAUUCCAGAUCACAGGAAAGUAGAGGGCCUGAAAAUGUUGAGUCUGGUCACCCCCAUGAUCCAAGAGGACACCACAAGGUCUUGAUGAAUCCAAGUGAUGGUUGGAAUCAGAAUGAGGAAGAGAAGUGGGGUCAUAGAGUGACUGCGGGUGCAUUAAAUCGUGAGAAAGGGAUCUUAUCAAGAGCACCACAGCAGGGAAAUGCUUGGGAUGAUGAUUACAAGAAGGAUGAAGAUAUUUAUCAUGGAAAAACUGCAGCUCCAGAACGUUCGUCUUAUUCGUCUGAUAAUAAUUUGUCCUCUAUUGAGCCUUCUAGUGUAAAGUUACCUGAUCGUUUGAGCAAAACAUCUGAAGCUCAGAUGGAUCCUGCUUUGGAUAAUGUGGUUUCCCCUCGGGAUAAUUCUUUGAUACAAAAAAUAGAAGGUUUAAAUGCUAAGACUCGUGCUGCUGGUGGGAAACAGGAUGGCUUCCGGAGGGAGGAACCAAAUGACAGAGUACAAAUAGCCAAUGUCAAUGAUCAUGGAUCUGCUUAUGAAGCUAAUUCUGAUGUUGUUUUGGAGCGCCAUUACCCUUCUGGAGUUCUUGUCCCUGUUUCUCGCGGCAGUGAUGUUUCUGCAGUUGAUGGAAGUCAUGAGUCAGCAGCUGCCAGUGUAACAGCUGCCACCAGGAGAUCUGUACGUGGAAUUCACAGUAGAGGUGAUCCACAUGCAAAAGGGAGGUUUCAUGGACAAGAAGUCGGUGGAUGGGGAAAGAAUUUUGAGUCCAAGCCUGUUCUGGAAGCUGGUUCCAGAUCAGCUGCUAAUGAUUCAGUGGAAGAGCACGAUCCAAGUGAUAUGCAGCGUGCUAAAAUGAGAGAGAUAGCGAAGCAACGAGCAAUCCAGUUACAAAAGGAAGAGGAAGAACGGGUGCGGGAGCAGAAGGCAAAAGCACUUGCCAAACUUGAAGAACUGAAUAGGCGUAGUGCUAAUCUGGGUAUGGAUAAUGCAAUUAAUAAUGAAACUAAUCUUCCGCCUGGUGACGUUCGAAAGAAGCAAGAUGUUUCUAGAAUUCAACCUGCUCCAAGUGUGGAUGCUAAUCUCAGCAUUGGGUCAAGUGCUGCUUCUAAUAACAGUGAUCAAAUAAAUGAAAGAAGUACAUUUAAAACUAGUGAUCCUGAUGUUUCUCCUAAGCAUUCUCUGCCAGAGACCAAGGGGAAUGCUUAUCAGGAGGAUUCCUUGUCCUCCCAGAGUCAAUUUCCAACUACUGAUACUAGUGUUGGUGAUGAUGCUUGUCAUAAACCUGCACCUCAAUUUCGUGAAGUCUCAAAGCAGAAGCGGGGAGGGUAUAAACAGAAGCAAAAUGUUCCUACUGAGAAGAAUUCUGUACAAGAUUCAAUUCUAGAUGGUAAAACAGAUUUGCUGAAAGACUUCAAGGUUUCAGGUUCAACUCAAGAAGGUACAGGUAGUUCUGUUGAUUCAAGAGUUGGAAAAAUGCCAUCUGAUUCGCCUGUUACCGCUGAAGUGCCAGUUCAGAAAAAGAAAGCUAGCAAGAGUGGAAAGAACAGGCAUAAGGUAGAGGAGUCAUCCACUGCUGUUUCUUCAUCUAUAACUAUGCCAAAGGACAAUAAGCGCGCUCAAGCCGUCCCGGAAAUUACAGAGCAGAAUGCUUCCAGCUUGCAUGCUAAUUCUACCUCAAUGCGGUCGUCAGUUGAUCCCAAAGGUUCCGUUUACACCUCUGAAAACCAAUCUUCAUUUUCUAGUGAAGAUACUCAUGGUAGAGUAAACAAUGCUUGGAAGGCCCAACACUCUCGUAAGCCUAGAAAUUCACAAGUUAAUAGGGCAUCUGAAAAAAAUCACAUCAAUGACACUGCUGUCUGGGCGCCAGUCCGAGCGCAUAACAAACUUGAGGUGGCUGCCCAAACUAACCAGAACUCUACUGAAAUUUUAAUUUCUUCAGCAACUGGAGAUAGUUUGGUGCACAAUAGUUCCAAAACUAAAAGGGCUGAGAUGGAAAGAUAUGUUCCGAAACCUGUAGCCAAAGAAUUGGCACAGCAAGGAAGUAUUCCACUACUUUUAUCUAUUGAUCCAGGAGCAACUGAAGGAAGUGAUGGAACUGAAAACGCUUCUCAUGCCACUGACUAUGUCAUUAAGGCAGAAGCUAAUCUUGAAUCCAAACACAUGGAUGGUAAAAAUAGGAGUCAUAGAGGUCAGGGAUCAUGGCGCCGACGUGCUUCUGCUGAAUCCACUUUGGUUCAAGUUUCCCGAGACAGUUCUGCUGCAAACACUGGCAAGAUUAUUCAAACAUCUGACAGGUCUCCACCGAACGGUUGGUCUGAUAAUUACUUUGAGAAAAGACCACCAUCGAGACUUGAUGAACUCUCAGAGAAAGGACCACAAGCUAGCAUGUCCGAUGGAUGGGAAAGUGUGAAUGAUUUCAGCUCCAAUUCUGUAUUCACUGGCGUGAAGGACCACAUUCCAUCUGGAAAGGGUAGAAGGCAUCCAAUCAAGGGACAAAGAGGGAAUGGUAGUCAUCAGAAUCAUGACCACAAAGAGGGAUAUACUGGGUUGAUUGACCUGCAAUUUUCUCAUGUGGAGGCAAAUCAAGCAGAAAAGACGAUGUCUUCAAAGGAAAUUCGAGCAGCUGGGGAUCGCUCUAUCCCUCAUUGGCAACCUAAAUCCCAUGGUCAUGUUAAACAUAAUCAGCAAGAAAAUAGGUCUCAAAGUGGUCAGAACUUUAUCACAGAAGACACAAAAGCCUUGAAAAGUGAGACUGGCCAAAAUAACAGUUCAGAUACUCGGUCACUACCUAAUCAAUCUGCUCCCAAAGAUCAAGUACUGGCUUCUGAAGAUAAAGUUACACGCCAGGCAAUUUUCAUUGCUGGAUUUCAAGAAGCUAGGCGAGACAAGAGAGUUGCUCCUGCUAAAGGGCGUCCUCGUUCUCCUAGUUGGGAUCUGGAAUCAUCAGGAGGUGAAGUUGAUCCUGUUUCAUUUGGAACAAUUGAUGGACGCAAUGAGCAGAAUCCUUCCUCUGGUUACCGCAAGAAUGCAAAUCAGAGCAACCGUUUUAAUAGAGGUCAUGAGUCUCGUGGAGAUUGGAGCUCAACAGCCCAUGAGAGCAAGCAGCACCACUCGUCUAUGAACCGCGAGAAGCAGAGGCAGAACUCACACUAUCAAUACCAGCCUGUGGGAUCUAAUAGCAGUGGCAGGUCAAAUGAAUCUGGUGUGCAAGCAGAGUCUCAAUCUGGAGCUUCGAGGUUCCGUGAGAGGGGACAGAAUCAAUCAAGGCAUGGGAGGGGUAAUUUUAAUGGGAGACAAGCAGUACUGAAUGAUUAAUAUCUGAUUUAAGCAUCUAGGAACCUUAUCUCAAUUCGAUCUGUUGUCAAAGACUUAGCCGGGAAGUCACCCUCCUUAUGCUACAGGUAUUUUAUUAUUUCAUCACAUGAUUGAUUUUAUUUGACCCUAUUUGGAUUCUUAAUUUCUUGGUUGAUGUUUUCUUUAAUAGCAUGAAGAGGAGCUGAAGGCUCCAUAUGGCUGAAACUUGUAGAUCGGAUCCUUCCUGAAUGUUUUGCCUAUUAUUUUCCAUUUGAUUUCA